AUGCAAAACAGGCACGACGAGUGGAUUGGUAAACAUUGCCGUGUUUACGCAGACGUGAAAGAGAAAAACAGUCGCUACGUUGUGUUCAAAAGCAACGUCGAACGCAUUGAACAUUUAAACAAGCGACGCACGUUCAAACUCGCAGUGAACCAGUUUGCUGAUCUAACUAACGACGAAUUUCGUGCUAUGUACACUGGUUACAAAGGAGGCUCGGUGUUGUCUAGCCAAAGUGGAAUAAGAACGUCGUCGUUUAGGUACCAAAACGUUUCUUUUGGUGCUUUACCGAUUUCUGUUGAUUGGAGGAAGAAAGGAGCUGUGACUCCUAUCAAGAAUCAAGGCAGUUGCGGAUCUUGUUGGGCGUUUUCGGCGGUUGGGGCUAUUGAAGGAGCAACACAGAUAAAGAAAGGGAAACUUAUCUCUUUGUCCGAACAACAGCUUGUUGACUGCGACACAAAGGAUUUUGGUUGCAGUGGCGGUUUAAUGGAUAGUGCGUUUCAGUACAUAAUGGCGAAUGGCGGUUUAACCACUAAAUCAAAUUACCCGUACAUAGCCCAAGAUGGUACUUGCAACUACAAGAAGGCUAAACAGAACACAACUUCUAUCACAGGUUUUGAGGAUGUCCCGGUUAACAACGAGGCAGCACUAAUGAAGGCAGUGGCACACCAACCGGUUAGCGUUGCACUUGAAGGAGGUGGUUUAGAUUUCCAAUUCUAUUCUUCCGGUGUGUUCACCGGAGAAUGCUCGACGGAUCUUGAUCACGCGGUGACUGCGGUUGGAUACGGCGAAUCUACAAACGGAACAAAGUAUUGGAUCCUUAAGAACUCUUGGGGUCCAAAUUGGGGAGAAAAUGGUUACAUGAGGAUUCAAAAAGAUGUGAAGGAUAAAGAAGGACUGUGUGGUCUUGCCAUGAAAGCUUCUUACCCAACUAUAUGA